GUGGAUGAUAUCCAAACAAAAAUGACAGUACAUUAUUAAAGAAAUCCAAUUUAUGAUGAAAUUAGUUUCUGUAUUUAUAACUUAGUAACAGUGAAAAACGUUUAAAAAGAUGGAAGCUGUUCCUAAAUUACCGUUAAUAAGCUUUGAGUUAAAAGUGAGUACAGAAAAUACACAUUUUGGACCAAAACUGAAACAAUACAUAGCAGAGGCGUACAGGGAGGAUCCGGAUAGCUACGGAAAUGAGAUACAUCAAUUGGAAGGACUGCGGUCAGCGGCCGUUAGACCAACUCACGACUCGACAGGGCUCGAUGCCCUUAUUAGAUACUUUUGUCAGCUGCGAGCAAUCCAAAGCCGAUUCCCCAUGGGUAAAGGUCAAUCCGUGGCCUGCACAUUUGCAUGGAAAGACUUAUAUGCUAACAUGAGCUGUUCUCUAGCAGACAUCAAAUUUGAAAUGGCUUGCAUAUUGUAUAACAUUGGAGCUCUACAUACUCAGCUUGGCUCUUCAGAGCCUAGAACAUCUGCUGACAGCCUCAAAGCUGCAUGCCAGCACUAUCAAUAUGCUGCUUGGGCAUUUCAAUUACUGAAAGAACAGUAUCCACAACCACCUGGUGCUGAUGUUUGUUCUGAUAUCUUAAGAUUGCUACAAGAAAUUUGCUUUGCUCAGGGGCAAGAGUGCAUCCUCGAUAAAAGCAUACAAGACACAAGGAAACCUAGUGUAAUAGGUUCGGUUGCUACACAAGUUAUGUAUCUUUACAAAAAUUCAUUAGCGCUGCUAGGUCCAUCUACAGGUACAGACAAUAUACAUGAAAUAAUUGGAACGAAACUUUACAAUUAUUGGCAUCGUUAUUUAAGUUUCAAAUUAUGUUACAUUGGAUGUGUUGUUGCGUUAUAUCAAGGUAUGCAUGCUGAAGAACAGCAGAAAAUGGGGGAACGAGUUGCAUUUUAUCAGCUUGCUGUUGAUAGGCUCAGUGAGGCAAGAAAGCUAGCAAAAUACAUUGAACCAGUACAAGUAACACAGGAGGCUCUAACAUUUACAAAUGACGUUGUUGAGGGUAAACGAAAGGCAGCUAAGAAUGAGAAUGAGUUUAUUUAUCAUGAGGAAGUGCCAGAAAAAGAUAUGUUGUCAGAUCUGAAGCCAGUGUGUCUUGUGAGCGCUGUUGCUAUCAACUUCAGUGAUCCUGAGGUGUCAGGGCCGGAUAUAUUUUCCCGAUUAGUACCAAUGGUGGCCCAUGAAGCAUCUUCAAUGUAUUCAGAGGAGAAAGCCAAGCUAUUACGUCAUGUGGCUAUUAAAGUUGAUGCUAAAAACACUGAACUCACGGAGUUUAUGUCUUCUCUUCAGCUUGAUCAACUGGACGUUUUGGAUUCUGAUCAAAAGAUUCCUCAAGAAAUUGUGGAUAGAUGCGCCGCUAUGAAUGCCAAGACGGAUAUUAUCCAGACACUCGUAGACUCCAUGAAUAGUCUUGCAGAGAUCAUCAGUGAUGUUGAGCAUUCGCUUAAUGAGAUUAAAACAAUUAUUCAGGAAGAGACGAUGAAAGAAAAAGAAUAUCAAAAACAAAUGGGUCCCCGACCCCCUUCGAUCGUGCAGACUGAAAUAUCUCGCGAGUACCACAAGUACCAGGAGGCACACUCGCGUACCAACGAGAGCAACCAGGUCCUACACAAGGCCAUGACGCUUCACAUUGCAAACUUGAAGCUGCUGUCCCAGCCGCUCGAGGUCCUGCAGAACAAGAUACCUAGCAUCGAAAAUAUCGAGGGGCUGGACCGCGACACGAUGGCGGAGAUGCGGCGCGUGGUGGGCAAGGCGCGCGACAUGCAGCGCCAGCGGGACGCGCUCGUGCAGCAGCUGCGCGUCGUCGUGGCCGCCGACGACAUCACGGCGCAGCUGCUGGCGCGCGGCAGCGACACGCUCGAAGACGUGUUCCGCCGCGAGAUCAACAAGUACACGUCGCAGGUUAAAAUAAUAGAGCAAAACUUGGCCGCCCAGGAAAAUAUAAUCAACAAGCUCACCUCGCUGUACGCCUCGUACGGGGACUCCAGACGGCUGCUCUCGGACGUGCUCAGGAAGAGGGAGGGGCUCAUAAAUGCGCUGGUGACGUCGUACGACACGCACGCGGAGCUGCUGGGCAAGUCGCAGAAGGGGCUGGAGUUCUACCGCAAGCUGUCGCACAACGUGUGCGGGCUGCUGGCGCGCCUGCGCAGCGUGUGCCAGGUGCAGCGCGAGGAGCGCGCGCAGAUCCUCGCCGCGCAGAAGGCUCCAACACCUGUAACUUCAGCUCCCGCUAAACCUGUCGAUGCUGCGAAAGUUCUCAAUACUGUUCCUCCGCCGAGCGGUGGGGGUACAUUGAAGCUUAAAGACUAUCUUCCGUACAUGAAGAACAGGGCUCUCGCUAGACCGCCAGCGGCGCCGCAACCUCAAACAGACUCAAUACCUAGUGAGUCAUAUUAUCCGGAGACGAUAUAUCCGACAUCGGUCCGGCCGACGCCCGUGGGAUCGGAAGCAACAGAUAUAACACAACCUAACUUCCCAGAUGGCGUUGUAAUGCCUCAAGGGAUGCAAAACGUCCCCAACCCCUAUGCACGACAGUACCAAACUUACAUGCCUGCUGAAAAUGAUCCUUAUUCAGCUAAUUACGCUUAUCCGAUGGCGAAAUUCAACAAACCAGAAGAGAAUUACAGCCAUUCUCCGUAUAUACCACCUCAAUAUUUGUCACAUAUGCCUGAUCCCCAAACAUAUACAAACCCAUGUUACUCCGCGACGCAUAACAAUAGCACGGCAGUCACCGACUCGCAAAAUUCAGCCGCGUAUAACAAUAUGAAUCAAGCUAAUGUUAAUCAAAAUACAAACCAAUACAAUGUGUACAAUGAUCCGCACAUGACCAACCAAAUUGGAUCCACAUUUGAUCCAAAUGCUCAGUAUAACCAAGUUAAUCAAGAUUUCACCGCGAGUUUCGCCGCAAUGCAAGUUUCUGCUCCGAAAUCGGAACCCAUCAGUAAUUACGGCGGCGAAUAUUCGCAAACGCACUACAGCGUUCAAUAUCCUCAAUCAUUGACACCAAAUAUGGCUACAUACAGUAACGCCGGACAUAAUUCCAAUACUAAUAUGGUAGAUUCACCAUUGCCAAUCGGAAACAGUAUGAAUUACCCAUACACCGAUCAAAUGCCACAAUAUGGCCAAAACAUGCCUAACACUAAUAUGAACAUGGCAAAUCAACAGCCUAACUUACCAUAUUCGGUCUCGAAUAGUUCAAACCAAAUACAAAAUGUUUCGAAUGCAAAUAUACAAUACUCUAUGCCAAACAUGUCUAAUACUAUGCCAAACAUGUCUAAUACUAUGCCAAACAUGUCUAAUACUAUGCCAAACAUGUCUAAUACUAUGCCAAACAUGUCGAAUACUAUGCCGAAUACGUCUAAUGCUAUGCCGAAUACGUCUAAUGCUAUGCCAAACGUAUCUAAUACUAUUCCAAACGCACCAGCUGGUACAAUGAAUUAUGCCAAUCCUAUGCAAAAUGUUCCGAAUUCUGUCCCAAACACUUUGAAUCCGGUUUCGAUGCCUAGUUCCAUGGGACCUGUGCCGAUUGCUUCUGGAUAUUCCGAUCAACAAUAUGCGUACUCUUCUACAGACGCGAAUAUGUCUCAAGGUUACGUAUAUACGAAUGCGGAGAAACCUGUAACCGCUACUAAUAUGAGCGUGCCUAAUUUUGGCGUAGGACAAACAUACAGCGUUCCAAACGAACCUACGAGCUACGUCGAUACAAACUUUUCUCAAAUGGACGCAUUAGACAAACCGAUUAAAUCACACGUAACCGGAGAGGCUUUAUCAUCAAAUAUACCAAAGUAUCAAAAUUAUAAUACAGCUAUGAAUUAUGUGGGCGAUCAGGCAACAAGUGCACAGUACGGAGAGCAAAAUAACGUAAACUAUGGACAGAUGUAUCAAAACCAUCCCGGUUACUCUUUUAACGCUACGUCGGGUGGUUACGAUUACAAUUAUGGAUCACAAAACACGUAUUCAAAUUAUGGACAAGCGAAUAUAGACCCUCAAAUGGCGGAGAAAGAUGUAAAUUGGGCUAAUCCAGGAAUGUACACGAGUGCUGGAGCUUGUAAUACUGUGCAGUCGCCGUCUGAGAAUCCUCAAAUGCCAUCAGCGGAUGGUAGUAAUGAGCAAACGUACUUCAAUUUACCUUACGGCUACCUAACUGCUACAAAUCAAGCAAACGAAUUCAUCAACUCAACUCAAACGAUUGAAGUGACCACGAACUACGGUGCCAAUAUGAAUAAUUCGACUUACAUGCAAUCCGGACAAGCUCAGGACACAAGUGUUACGUUUACUAACAACCAAGUGUCAACAACAAAAGAAAAUGUCAUCGAACAGUCUGGCUCGAAUGAGAUAGUCGAUCAGAAUUGUCAACCAAUUGAGUCUACCACUCAAAACAAAACAAUUACGCCUACAGACCAAACUACACCCGUCGAAAGCGCUCCGAAAGAAAUACCAGAGGCAAAUCCAGCUUCCGACGUAGAGGGACAAAAGCCCGAACUGACAACAUUCGAUCUUUUAUCCGAAAUUGAUUUUACCGUCGUACAAAAACCGCUUAUGCCUGAAAUUAAAGUGCCUCAGAUAUCAGAAAGAGCGAUAUUUAAACAGACCUUAACAACUAAAGUACAGCCCCCUGCGAAACAAGAACCCGUAGAAGAAGAGAUUGAGAGACCGGAGAAAAGAGAUAUAUUCUCAGAUCCGAGUCUGCUAAAUCAAUUCACGCAGGAGGUGAAGAACUUGCAGAAAUUUACCGAUUCUUUAACCAAUAAAACAGCCGGUGGGAUAACGGUCUUAGAUUCGAAGUGGAAGUCCCUUCAAGAAGUGCAGGCAAAGGAAAAUAUGAGCAGGUCUAAGUCAAUAGCGAAGCAGCAUACCAGAGGAAAUAUAGUGACUGAAGUAGUGCCUUAUGACGACUCUAGAUUAACUUUGAAGUCGGAUCCGGAUGCUUAUAUCAACGCCUCGUAUUACAAGCAAUUAGCGCCAUGGUGCAUUCCACUGGUGAUAGCCAAGUGUCCCGAAGAGCACGAGUACACGGUGUUCUGGAAGGCGAUGCUAGAAUAUAAGAUAUCCUGCAUCGUCUGUUUGCUCAGUGAAAUCGAGAUGCAAGGCAACGCCUAUUGGCCUACAGCCAAGGGUCAAUCCAUAGAACUCUCGGACGGCGUUCGCGUCGCCCUAGACGAGGUCACCUGCACCGUACACUGGACGGAGAGGCAAUUGACUGUCACUCAAGGAAAGAACGUGGCGAAAGUCACGCAUUUUCAGAUCAACGUUUUCCCGGCAAAGAUCGCGUGCGCGCCGCUGGUGCUGCUGGCGGACCGCGUGGCGCGCGGGGCGGCGCGCGGGGCGGCGCGCGGGGCGGCGCUGCAGUGCGCGCGCGGCGCGGGCCGCUGCGCGCUGCUGGCGCUGCUCGUGCUGGCGCUGAGCCAGCUGCGCGCCGGCCAGCCGCGUCUGUGCGAUAUGCUGGACGCGGGCUGUGUGAACUUAUAUAAGCAUCGAACGAACGUGUUGGAAGAUACCAAGUACCUAGCGGAUGCGUACAGGACUGUCCUGUUUUACGCGCAGGGCGUUCUUUGUUCGGGUACAACAAUGUUCAACGGUGAAGCUGUAGUAUCCUUAGCUAGCGGAGCUUCAGUUCUACCCCCGAUGUCGCCCUCCCCAGCAGUAUCGGCUACCUCCUCGACCACCUCGACGAACAAAACCAAGUUUUCACGUGAGUCAUUUGAAGAGAUGCGUCAGGCUCCAGGGCUCAAGAGCGGCGAUAUGAAGGAUCCAUUAAACUUUCUAGACCCGCUGUGGAGUUUGAAGAAGAAGUAGACGAUCAUAGUAAAAUUAUAAUUUCCUCGCCAUAGUAUAACCCUCCACUUCGUUGACUUGAAUUUGUUUUGUGAUGGCCUUUAGGUAACUCGAUUGAUUAUUUGUUACUAAAACAGAGUGGAACGUAAAAUGAUAUUAUAUUAAAACAUUGAAUUGUCUCUUUCAUAUUAUAUUCAUUAUUACUAUAUCACUGAAAUUAGUAUAAUUAAGUAUUAUUUCUAUUGUUAAAAAAAAAUAUCAUAAGUCGAUAGUUCGAAUUGUCUCAUUAACAUGCGUACCUUAUGACCUUUUUUCUGUUUAUAUUUAUUAUGAAUAAUUGAACAAUAAUUAAACGUUGUAUAAAAUUACGAAUGUUUGGCUUAUACAUCAAUUUCAGGAGGUUGUUAUUAUAUAAAGUAUUAAUUCGAUAUUAAUCAGUUAAUAAAAAUUGUAUAAGACUAAAUAUUUAUAUGUUAUGACGUCAAUGUCGUUAAAACAUGAAAUACAGUGAGACAUCAUUUAAGCCUUUUUAAUAUUUAUAUUAAAGAGAAUAGAGAGACUAACAUAUAAAAUAAAUAAAUUGUUACGAAGGUUACAGACAGACAUGGCAUUUUAUAAAUAUAGCGAAGAUGUUGAUAUUAUUUAUUGAUAUUUUGUUGUGAAUUAAAAUCUUGUAUAUUUAAAUGAUUAUAAUUAAAAUAUAAAAUUGAUAAAACAUACAAUUGUCCUUUUUAAGCAAAGUUAGUACGAUUGUACUGUAUUCAUUUCGAUUGAUUAAAAAUUUAUUCCAAAUUAAAACAUGUUCGUGGAAAUCUAUACGGAAGGUUGCAACCAGAAAUUACGAUAAACACUCACCGACCAGUUAUGUGGAUGUUGCUUAAACCCAUAUAUAUAAUAAUAAUAUGUCACGUAGGUAUUUAUAAAUUAUAUUUAGAACAUUCCUACAUUCCAUAUUUAAAAAAAAAUUGAAUGUUUAUUUUUUUUUUAAUAAACAAUUCUUGGUCAUUUUGAAAAUGAUGUGACACAACAAAAUGUGACCUUCGGCCGUUUAAUAUAACGCUAAUUAUAACUUAUAUGUGUAUCCAUUCAUUCUAAAUCGACCCUAAUAAAAAAAAACAUUAUUAUAAUAAGGUAUCAAUUUUUGACUGUACUGUAAUAAAUUAUUAUGUAUAAUUCAAAUUAUUACGUAUGAUCAAUUUUUAAACUAUAUUAAUGUAUUCGGCUGUAUGUAAGAUAACAUUCUUAAGAUUUCUCUAGAGACUGGUAUGUUAUUAUGUACUUUAAAUAAA